UGCAGAGUUCCCUAUUCAGGGAUACACACAGGGAUGGACAGCGGUGACCAACAGGACGAUGAAAGAGGAAGCAACACGAAAGAAAGUGAUGGAGAGAAAAAUAAAGAGAUGAAGAACCAGCUAAACUGUGAGGAAAAGGGAGAGCAGGAGAUCAAAGGGAAUGAGAAAGAGAAAAGGAGGGACAGACGGCGUUCUGGGUCUAUAUGGAGGAGUGGAUGGGCAUUAAGUGAAAGACUGGCCAUCAAUGUCUCAGGAAUGCGUUAUGAAACUCAACUUCGCACCUUAGCCCAAUUCCCUGACUCCAUGCUUGGUGACCCUCGAAGAAGGUCACGGUACUUUGACCCGCUGCGAAAUGAGCUCUUCCUGGACCGCAACCGGGCCUGCUUUGAUGCCAUUCUGUAUUUUUACCAGUCAGGUGGGAGGUUGCGUAGGCCUGCAAACAUACCCCUGGACAUCUUCAUGGAUGAGCUGUUGUUCUACGAGCUGGGAGAGGACAUCAUGAACCGGUUCAAGGAGGACGAAGGUUUUCCAAAGGAUGAGGAGAGGCCAUUGCCCACCAAUGAAAUCCAGAAAUCACUGUGGAUGCUGUUUGAGCACCCUGAAUCCUCGUCGGGCGCACGCAUCAUAGCCAUCAUUAGUGUCAUGGUCAUUGUGGUGUCCAUCCUCAUCUUCUGCUUGGAGACACUGCCCGACUUCAGGAAUGAGAAAGAAUCACGAGAGGAAUAUUUUUAUAGGUACCACUCCUAUGCAAAGAACAUAUCUGAGAGCAUGCCUAUUCCAACAAGUGUUUUCCAGGACCCUUUCUUCUUGGUGGAGACCAUGUGUAUAUGCUGGUUCUCCUUUGAGCUCCUCAUGCGUUUUACUUGUGCUCCCAGCAAAAUGACCUUCUUCAAGGAUGUCAUGAACAUCAUCGAUUUCAGUGCCAUCCUGCCCUAUUUUGUCACUCUGGGAACAGAACUGGCCAAGGACAACGAAGCCAGUCCAGCUACGUCCUUGGCCAUCAUCAGGGUCAUCAGGCUAGUGAGAGUGUUCAGGAUUUUCAAGUUGUCUCGUCACUCCAAGGGCCUUCAGAUCCUUGGUCAGACACUGAGGGCCAGCAUGCGUGAGCUGGGCCUGCUUAUCUUCUUCCUGUUUAUUGGCGUCAUACUCUUCUCCAGCGCCAUAUACUUUGCAGAAGCUGACCACGCCAACACGGCCUUUAUCAGUAUACCACAUGCCUUCUGGUGGGCAGUCGUCACCAUGACCACAGUGGGCUAUGGCGACAUGUACCCAGAGACAGUGUGGGGGAAGCUGGUGGGCUCUAUGUGCGCCAUUGCUGGUGUACUUACCAUUUCGCUGCCAGUGCCUGUCAUAGUAUCUAACUUUAGCUACUUCUACCAUCGGGAGACUGAAUGCGAAGACCAAACUGAGUACAAGCACAUCAUGACAUCGAUGUGGAAGGACGAGGAGCCUGUAGUGGAGGAAAUAGAGGAAGAGGAUAUGGAUCCAGAAGGAGAUUAUUAUGCCAUCGAAGGCAUGUGCGGCCCUCUGAAUGGGACUCUGCUGGGUGGAUUUUGCACAGGGCAGCACACAGAGUUCAGAGGAGGUAAUAUGUAUCUCAGGGAACCACUGGUCACCCAGGUGUAGGAAGGGUGAGUGUAUUUUGUACCCUUUGACACAGUAGGAAAAAAUAAAGUGAAUGAAA